GUUCACCACUUUGAUCUGAGUCUUAGUUGGAGUUUGUAGAAGCUGAAUCUCGAUACAAUUCAUUAUCUGUAAAUUGUGCUUUGUGUUCGUUUUUGAAUUAAAUUUGAUUUGUUUGAUCGCCUUGUUCUUAAUGUUUUUUCCGCCUUGUUCUUAAUGUUUUUUCUUUGUUUGUCUUUGUUUUUUUUUUAACUCUGCAUCUUUCAUAAUGUUUAGGAAUGUUUGAGUGUCCUACACUGCUUGUUUGAUUUAAUCUGGAUAAAUUUUUUUUGCUGGUCUCUGUAUCGACUGAUGAUUAACUUGAUUCUUAUGGGUAGCCACAUUUUACCUAGUGCUACGAAGCAAUAGAAAAGUAGUUUGUAGAGAAUUGAUAUGAAGUGAGAGUCAAUAAUAUAGUAAAAUUCCUUUAAAAAAUAAGCCGUAAAAUUGGUUGAGGUUACUCAAUAACUCAUUCGGAGGUAAUACUGUAUUAAAUUAAGCCUUUGUUGUGUGGAAAGAUUGGCUUUUUUCUAUAUUGAUUUGACCUUGUUCGCUGUCACUUAAUUUUUUCCCUGAUGAGGAAGAACUGCAUUGAUUGGAGGCUACCAUCUUACUUUUCUUCCUUCUUUUAAUCUUGAUUUCUUUUGUAACUUCUGGAGGAUUCCUUGGUUGUGUGACCUUAUUUGCAGCAUCUGAGUUAUAUAUAGGUCAAUACAGCAGCUAACUAAUGUGUCUAGGCAUGCUGCUUCCAACUGCCUCUUUUAUUCCUGGAAAAGCUUCCUUGAUUUUCAUGCAGCAUAUCUAUGGUAAAUCACUUCUCAUUGUGAUUGAUUCCGGAGUUAAUCUUUAGAAUAGUAAAGUUAUUAUAAACACCUAAUGAAAUCAGGGAAAUACUUGGUGCAUGCAAAAUACAGGAGGUAACUAGAGAUGAUGCAAUGGCUGAAAUUGAACUGCAGCGUAUUGCGUUCAUCUGUUUAAUAGUCCUGUGCUAUUCACUAUAUUUAUGGAGUUUAGGGUCAGCUGUAAUUUUAGAUAAGGUAGCAUAAAUACCUAGUCCAGACGAAAGGUCCUAAAUUGUGAAGUGCAGCUAACUAUUUUAUGUAGUGUCAUUUCUUUUUCUAAAUUCUGAAACUCAAAGAACUAUUCAACACCCUAUGCUUUCUGUAUGUACUGAUCUGUCUCUUUGUGAAGAUACAUUAAUUUCGGGUUACUGUGUCAUUGGCUUUACAACUGAGGUGUGACUUACAUGUUGCACUUGUAGACUAAACUCCUGUUUGUCCUUGCUUUUGUAAUUCCUACUUGUAGCUGUUAAUAGGCCUGAACAAACCAAGUCCGAUCCACCCAACAAGGCAAUUCAUAUUUCUUUUUAUUUUUCUUUUUUUUUUGCUGUUUGUGUGUGUAUGUAUGUAAUGUAUCUAUGCACGUAUGUGCAGUCUAGCAAUUACAUGCUAAAUUUAUAUGGUAUUUUCUGUUCUACUUUUUAUGAUACUGUGUUUAUCCUUCAUGCAGGUUUUUUGUGACAAUUAUUUAGAUGGUGGCUAUCAUGUUCCAUAUGCCCAGAAGGGUCUUGCAUCAGGACUUGAGUUGAACUCCUAUGAAACUCUUAUGUUCGAGAAGGUUAGUAUUCAAAGAUGUGAUGCUUCAGUUGAGCAGGAUAGCUUUGAUAGGCUUGGAUCAAAAGCGAUAUACGCCUUAGUGUAUCCAAACUUUAUGAUUAAUCAGUAUGGUCCAUGGAUGGAUGCUAAUCUAGCAGUUCCUCUAGGCCCCAUGAAAUGCCAAGUGAUAUUCAAUUACUUUCUCGAUCCAUCUCUGGCAAUUACUCAGGAUGACAAGGCUUUCCUUUAAAGGAGCUUAGAAGAUAGUGAAAGAGUGCAGAUCGAAGACAUUGCACUGUGCGAAGGAGUUUAGAGGGGUUUGGAAUCACCAGCCUAUGACAGUGAUUUGGUGGAGUUUAGAGGAGUUUAGAGGUGCAAAUUUUUUGCUCUUGCUUGCUAUAAUUUUGUGGAAUUUGGUGACAGAUCGAAGACAUUGCACUGUGCGAAGGAGUUUAGAGGGGUUUGGAAUCACCAGCCUAUGACAGUGGAAGAUAUGCACCCUCCAUUGAAAUGACCAUGCAUCAUUAAUCAUUUCCACUCUCUUCUUCAUGCGUGCCUCAUUGAUACAUAAGUCACUAACCCUACAGGGUAAAGAUGUAUGUAUAGUCCCUUUACCAUUACACAUUGUAACUUGAUCUGUGUAUUUUGCAGUUAAACUCUUUAUUCCCUGAGGCCUUCACAUUAAUUCACCUACCGACGGACUUACUCAUUUCAA